UGUGUCUUCGUACCAGCGCCACCACCUCACCUUUGGCCGCAGAACGAAAAGCCAAAACCCGACCUCCGCGACUUGACCCCAACGGCAGACCACCUUUCGCGCCUCGCAAAACAGCUUCACGCAUUCGCAGCCGCGUGCAAGUGAUUCUUGAAGCCCUGUAACAUUUCGCAGUGACCUGUUCGACGCCCCUCCGCCGCCAUAAUCGCCAGCUCCAAACUGCCGAAAUCCACCACGUCCCUGGUGCAUUUGACGCGACCAUUGGACCAGCACGCGUCAAAAUCCACUUGAGCACUGUCGCGACGGCUUCGACGCUGAGAUCCCGCGCGAACCCAUUGUGCACCGACGAACGAUCUUUUGAAAGAGCCCUGUAUAGGCCUGUGAUGCGCCUGUCUCCGCGACUAUAGCGAGCACACCCAACAUGGAUAGCAAGCGCAAGGCCAAUGGGGCUGCGCAGGUGGAAACCGAUGAUCGAGCCUCCAAGCGUCGCAAACUAGCUGAGUUCAAUUUAUCGAAAGGAGAGAGUCGAGACUCGACGACGGCGUAUGGUUUGAGCUUCCUGGAACAGAUUCGCCGAACCGCCGACAAGAGUGGUCGUCUUGUCGCAACCUACUUCGAGGAACUGCUGCCUCGCGAAGGCAAUGCAGAUUAUUACAAGCAAACGCGCAUGCCGAUUUCACUGGAAACGAUCGAGAACAAGCUGGACAAGGGUGAGUUUGAGACGCUCGCCGAACUGGAGAGCUACUUCAAGCGUAUGAUUGCCAAUGCCAAGGAAUUCUACCCACGAUCAUCCUCGAACUUUGACGAUGCGGAAAGAAUUCGGAAAGCUUUGAGCAACUAUAUGACCAAGACGAACCCCGCCUACCAGAAUCGUGGCUACCAAGCUGUGCCGACUCCGUUCCCCGAGGACUCCAAUGAUGCUGAAGAGGACGAAGACGCAGAAGGAGAGGAAAACGAGGACGACGGCGAUGAGGACGAGGACGCAGAAAAUGACGACGCAGAUGAAGACGACAAAGAUGACGAACCCGAAGAGGAUGAAGAAGAAGAGGACGAAGAGCCCAGCUCGAGAAAGCGAUCCAUCAUACUCAAGCGACGAGGCUCAGGACGUCCAACUCGCGCAGCUGCUACUGCUACCGCUAAAACGCAGAGCCCGCGAACAUCUGCUACACCCAGUCGGCCCGACCACCAAUUCGAGAGCGUUCCUUACAAGGGGCUCAACUUCCAACAAGCUCAAGAGAAGAUUGUCGAGGAACUUCUCAGGCACCAGGAGCCAGAAUACGACGAUGCCUACUUCGAGCCAUUCAUUAACCUCCCCCCUCGAGCUUUGAAGGAUUACUACAAGGUCAUCACCGACCCGCUCUCCAUCAAGAAACUACAGAAGAUGGUCAAAGGCGUCCACGGACGUGGUGAUGUCGCUGGCACCAGCAAUUUCAAAACCUGGGGUGCUUUCCAAGAGAAGUCUACCCUUCUCUGGACGAAUGCAUUCUUCUACAACGAGGAGGGAAGCGAAAUCUACGCUUUGGCACAAGAACUAGAGAAAUUCUUUACCAAGGAGUUGAAAAAGGCACAAACAGCCGUGCAAGAGCCUACCCAGGCGAAGAUCAAGUUGAAAGUUAGCCUAGGUGCAGAGGCACCACCAUCAUCCAAGAAGAUUACCAUUCAUGUUGGAGGUCGCGGAGGCUCUGCAGACUCACCCGCUCCCCAGACCACCCAAAGCACCGAUGCGCCGGCCAACGGUCAUCCUGUCAACGGGACUCGCACGUCAACUCCCGCUCAGUCCAAUCUCGGUCCGCAAGACAAGACGGCUCGGAGCCUAUCUGCUUCGGUUCCAUCUCCAAGCCCGUCAACACAUGCCGCCCUCAAGGCUGAGGAUGCAGCGGCAGCGUCUCCAGCAGGCAUUGCCGGCCCGGCCACCGCAGUUCCAGCGCAGGCUGGCCCUGGAGUCGGAGCCCCUAUCCCUACGGUGCAGGUUCAACCUCCUCCACACAAUCCUCUGGCCAAUGGCUAUAUGGAACAAAGGCGGUUCCGUGGUCCUGGAAAAAAUAUCGACGAUGCGCUGAUUUCCAGUGUGAGAGUACAGCUACACCCGGCUGUUCAAAUCCAGAGCCCUACAGUGGUGACUGUGCUGCCUCACCCUACCGAGAUGGUGCAGUCCGCCACCUUGAACUUGCCAGCCCAUCUGGCCCGUGUGCUCAUCAUCCCACUGCUCCCGGAUUUACUGCGCACUCGGCAAUACAGCCUCUGGACCGUGGUGAACAAGCAGGCCCUGAAGCCAAGCCACCAGCAAGCCCCAGGACAACACCCGCAGGAGCGUGCCUUUGAGGCGAUUCUGCAUCCUGGAAUCAACGUCGUUGAGACGCAUCUCAUCGCCGCUAUGCCCCGGGAUGAGCGCGUUCCUGGCGGCCCAGAGGUGGAGCUGGAAGUGUUCACCAUCUUUAUCAACGUGCUAAGGAAUUAGACAUUCCCUCGCCACCAAAGGAACACCCAGUGGCUUCCUAUGCCGACGGGGUACAAACCGGGAUACUGAUGAUUGUAACACUGAAGGGGGGGCUGUCUUUUUUGGGCGGGAUUGUUUUCGGCGCGUUAUGGGACGUGGUGGAAUGGGACGGUGCUAUUCCCAGGGCAUGGAACCGGAUGUACGGGGUAUUUCUUCAGUCGUGUAGCUUCGUCUUUUGGUUCGCAGCUGGCAUGGAUUGGGCGCAGCCGGAGGGGUUGGCUUCUUGGCUUGCCUUGGGGGGAAGCAAUUGACUUCCAUGCCGUAAGGUCGGGUUACAUAGCCACAUAUAAUCAAAUCAAUUGGCCUCA